CUAUUGGUUCAUUGUUUAUCGAAUCUCGGUCAGUGGAGUCUAACUUCGGGGACAAGCCAAAGGCAAAUAAGUACUCCACUAGGGACGACCGGCGGCGAGAGUUCUAAUUCCGCCGAUCAGAGAGAGACCGCCGCUAGAGCAACGAGCAGCGUCGACGGCGUAGCGAAUCAAAGGCUUUGUAAGAGACGCACUGAUUCUUUGCUUCUUGUGUUUGAUCAAGUAAGAAAAGUUUUGAAGUUAGGGUUCAUAACUCUGCAAUAGCUCCUUUAUAAAGUUGCCUCGCAAAACAUGAGUAGAAACUUAUUAACUUCGUUUAGGGUUCUUCGUGUGGUAUAAUCCGGAGAUUUUCUGAUGUUGUCCUGAAUGUUCGUUGUUGCUAGCCAAGUUCGUAUAGCUUCUGUUUCAAUUUCAGAUACCUGGCAAUAGCAUUGAUACGUUUUCGAAUUCUUGUGCAUCAGGAGUUUAAUCAGGAACCGCAGACAUGUCUACCUCUCACCUUCCAGCGACGGAAGAAUCGCUUGCUCAGGCUUUGGAAGCUGAAGCUCCAUCGGAGGCCAUCUCCAUCCUCUACCGUGUACUUGAGAAUCCUUCCUCGUCUUCAGGAGCACUGCAGAUAAAAGAAAAAGCCAUUGCAGAACUCACUGAUCUGCUAAGGCAAGAGAGUAGGGCGGAGGAUCUUCGCAGCCUGCUGACUCAGCUGCGACCUUUCUUUGCCGUGAUUCCCAAGGCUAAAACUGCGAAAAUCGUCAGAGGAGUACUCGAUACUGUUGCCAAAAUACCCGGCACGUCCAAUCUGCAAAUCGCCCUGUGCAAGGAAAUGGUCGAAUGGUGCCGGGCAGAAAAGAGGAUGUUCCUCAGGCAGCGUGUUGAGUCGAGGCUCGCAGCACUUCUGAUGGAGAACAAAGAGUAUACAGAAGCGUUGGCCCUUCUUACUGAGUUGUUAAAGGAAGUGAGGAGGUUCGAUGACAAGUUACUUCUUGUGGAGAUAGAUUUGCUCGAGAGCAAGCUUCACUUUUCGUUGAGGAACCUGCCUAAGGCCAAAGCUGCCCUCACAGCUGCAAGAACCGCUGCAAAUGCGAUAUAUGUUCCUCCGGAGCAGCAAGGCAUGGUCGAUUUACAGAGUGGGAUUCUUCACGCUGAGGAGAAGGAUUACAAGACAGCCUACAGCUACUUCUUUGAAGCGUUCGAGUCUUUCAAUGCUCUCGUGGACGACAGGGCAGUUUACAGUCUCAAGUACAUGUUGCUGUGCAAGAUCAUGGUGAGCCAAGCUGAUGAUGUUGCCGGGAUAAUUUCCUCAAAGGCUGGACUCCAGUAUGUGGGGCCAGAGCUGGAUGCCAUGAGAGCUGUUGCCGAUGCUCACUCCAAGCGGUCGUUGAAGUUGUUCGAGACAGCACUUCGUGAUUACAAGGUUCAGCUGGAAGAAGAUCCCAUUGUUCACCGGCACCUCUCUUCCCUGUAUGACACAUUGUUGGAGCAGAACUUGUGCAGGCUGAUUGAGCCUUUCACCAGGGUUGAGAUUGCACAUAUUGCGGAGCUUAUCGAACUGCCUAUUGAUCAUGUGGAGAAGAAGCUCUCGCAGAUGAUUCUGGACAAGAAGUUUUCCGGGACAUUGGAUCAAGGUGCUGGCUGCCUCGUCAUAUUCGAUGAUCCCAAGACGGAUGCUAUAUAUCCAGAUACAUUGGAGACCAUUGCCAACAUGGACAAGGUUGUCGACAGUCUUUUCGUCAGGUCUGCGAAGAUCAUGACAUGAAUGAAAUGCUCGUGCUUCUGGUUACAUUUGUUGCAGUUUGACCCUCCCAAGUCCCACCCCCUACAUUCCCUUCAUCCCCUUCGCUUUCUUGUUAGUUUCUUUCUUAUUUCUUUUUUUUUCGAGGUAUGAAACACACCAGAGUUUAAUGCAUGUUACUUUCAGCUAAUGACAUCGACUGCUCUUUAAUUGCUCCUCGUAUAAUUUCUCUGCUAGUUGGAGCUAUAUGACGAACUCAUUAUAUAAUGCCAGUAAUCGAAUUAAACGUAGCAAAUCAAA